AUACGUCACAUACCGAAGUAUGUGCUUCGUAAAUACAUGCUUCUUUAAAACGCGACGCAAAUGAAACGGGCGAUUCGUCCUAACAAAAGUCCAGCGAGAAACGAUGAUAUUUGGGUAGAGAUGAUGUUUAGUGAUGUCCACCAGCUAAAUGAGAGGUAGCACCGUAAAGAUGACGCCUAAGCGGAAGACUACCAGUUCGGAAUCUACAUCAACGAGCAGCUCUGGCUCUUCGACAAGUAGCACGUCGAGUUCAGGGAGCGAAUCCAGCUCGUCCGACUCGGAGAACUCCAGUAGUUCCGCCAACAGUCAAAAAGCGUCCGAUACAGAAAGAACUAAGAAAAAAGCGCCGUUUCCAGUCACCCGUCAUGUCAAGUCCAAGACCGAAACAACAUCUGCACCGCCUUUGGAAAAUAAAAAUAAAGACAGGCAGCCACCGAAACCCAGAUCGUCGGUGUACUCUUCCGAGUCAGAAGAAUCGCCCAGCAAAGCAAAAACGCCACAAAAGAGGAAGCCACCAGCUAAACCAAAGGCUACCGCUACCGUGGCACCAGUUGUGAAGACUCAGAGAUCUCCUACAAAACCAGUGCCUGCAUCGGGACAGCAUAAAACUGCACCAGUUUCAAAACCUACCAAUGCCAAGCCCAACAAAUUUUCUGUGAUACAUAGAUGCGAUACCUUUGAAGGUUCUACAAGUGCCACCAGCAAACCUCCCGAAAAAUCUGGGAAAACAACGGAACCAGUUCAGAAGAAAUUGAAGAAGAAAAGUAUAUUUAGUCCAGAAAAUAGUAGCGAAAGUGACAGCGGCGUUUCGGCAAAAGUUAGCGCAGUGAAGCCAACAGGUAGUUCUGCAAAAUGUUCCAAAAAUCCACCAGCUAAAGCAAAAUUGAGUGACACCAAGCAAAAACCUACAGCAGCAAGCAGACCUGUCGCGAAACCUGUGCAACCACAAAAGUCAGACAGUUCCGCGAGUUCAAAGAGUUCUGGCGGUUCAGCGUCCUCAGGUAGCUCAGACAGUAGCUCCGAUUCGGAAUCGUCCGAAAGCGUCACUAGUUCUCAGCCUCAACCAAAAAAGAAGGAAACGCAAUCUAGUACGUUGACGAAUAGUACUGUGACGAGUGUGCCACCUAAGAGGCCCUCGGCAGCAGUCGCCCCGGUAAAGCCGCAAAAAGCUGUUACAAGACGGCAAGGUGCUAAAGGUCUAAAGAGCGACAAUGAUGGAGAUGCGUCCGCGAGUGAGAAAGAGAUGGAUGAUCGUGAAGCGUCAUCUUCGAAAACAGUGACGAAAGGCAAGCGGAAAUUGCAAACACGCAAAGGAAGUAAAUUACUCCAGCUACAAGCAAAGGCAGACACUGAUUCCGAAUCUGAUACAGCUGAGAGCAAGAGAAGCACGAGCAAAUCGCCUGUUAAACGUGCUGGACCGUCCGCUGCCGCCAGACAAUCCUCCGGAGCCGGUAGAUCAACGCAGAACAGUGGUACUACUACAGGUGGCAGAAAUCAAUCAUCUUAUAAUCGAGCACGUGCAACGAAGGAGCGUGAAUGUCCGCUAGCUGCGUCCUGCGAUUCACGGGGUCAUCUCUCUGGAAAACUCGAUUUGCACUUUACUCUGGAAGCAUGUCCGCUGUAUCACAACACUACGCCCCAGGCUUGUGUAGAGUUUUAUAAAGAGAGAAAAAAACGAGAGGAAGAACGCAAGAAGGCAAUAAUAAAUCUAGCCAAGAAACCUAAAGGUGUUCAUCAAACUAGCGAACAACGUAACUACCAACUUAAAGUACGUGAGAUGAGGAACAAAUGGAAGGGUAAUACCGGCGAUGGUAAUGAAAGCGAUAGCGGCGGUGAAAUGCAGGGGAACGAAAAGGACAAGCAGCCUCGGCUCAAUAAUCUUACACCUGAUUAUGACUUGAAAUUAUUUAUGGAGGCCCAGGCGAUAGCCAGUGAAAAAAUCGAAAAAGAGUUACAAGAAUUGGACUACGAUGGAGAAGGUAGAAACAGUGGUGGCACUAGAGUUGUGGAAAUGGGAAAAUGGGAAAUGGAAGUUUGGUAUCAAAGCCCGUAUCCCGAAGAAUAUAGUCGCGCCCCGAAGCUUUAUCUUUGCGAAUAUUGCUUGAGAUACGCGAAAAGCCGUCAAGUUUUGAGGAGACAUCGAGAGAAGUGUUUGUGGAGACAUCCCCCGGGACACGAAGUAUACAGAAAAGACAAAAUAGGCGUGUGGGAAGUGGACGGUAAGCGAUACAAGCAGUAUUGUCAGAAUCUUUGUUUACUGGCCAAAUUCUUUCUGGAUCACAAAACGUUGUACUACGACGUCGAGCCGUUUCUUUUCUACGUCAUGACAAUCGGCGAUUCUGAGGGCUGCCAUACCGUCGGAUACUUCAGCAAAGAGAAGAACUCCUUCCUGAAUUACAACGUGUCCUGCAUCCUAACGCUACCGCCUUACCAGAGACAGGGCUACGGCCGGCUUCUCAUCGAUUUCAGUUACUUAUUGACGAGGGUCGAGAAGAAAAUCGGUUCGCCGGAGAAGCCGCUGUCGGACCUCGGCCUGAUCUCGUACCGCAGCUACUGGAAGGACGUCCUGCUGCAGUAUCUCUGCAAUUUCGGCGGCAAGGAGAUCUCCGUAAAAGAUAUCAGCAAGGAAAUGGCCAUCGACUCGUACGACAUUGUCAGCACUUUACAGGCCCUCGGUAUGAUGAAGUACUGGAAGGGCAAGCAUAUCAUUCUGAAGAAGCAGGACGUGAUCGAUGACUACAAGGAGAGGGUGAAGAGACGGGGCCCCGUCUACAAAGAGAUCGAUCCGGAGUGUCUGAAAUGGAACCCCUUCCAGCCGCCCAAGACGCCCUCCGCCUCGAACUAA